UCUGAAGCACAUAUUAGCUAAGAAACUGGUCAGGAAUGGCUUCGUCUCCGUGUGACGGUGGUGGCAACUUUGAUUGCGGACUCGAAAUAAAAACUCGGUCGGUGGAGCAAACCCUCAUCCCUCUGGUGUCUCAGAUAACCACCCUGAUUAAUCACAAGGACAAGCUAAAGAAGACGGAGAAGACCUCACGAGCCAUCCAGAGGGUCGGCCAGGCGGUCAGCACCGCCGUGAGCCGCUUUGUGGCUGUCGGAGAGGCCAUCGCAUUGGAGAAUGAAGAAUUAAAGGAAGAAAUGGGUCACGCAUGCUUUGAGGCCAGACGAGCAGGCACAGCAAUAGCGCAGCUGACAGACGUGUGUAGCGCUGAGCCGAGCGAGGCCGACGGUCGCAGCACUGUGUUCAGUAACAGGAUGGGAAUGGUGAAAGCAGCUCGUAUGCUCCUGUCCUCUGUCACCAAAGUGCUGGUGCUCGCAGAUCGCAUCGUCAUUAAACAGAUCAUCAGUUCCCGCAACAAAGUGCUGGUCACACUGGAGCAGUUGGAGCGAGUCAGCAGCUUUCAAGAGUUUGUGCAGAUCUUCAGUCAGUUUGGCAAUGAGAUGGUGGAAUUUGCACAUCUUACAGGGGACAGGCAGAAUGAUCUGAAGGAUGAGAAGCAGAAGGCACGGAUGGCCGCAGCCCGUGCUGUGUUGGAGAAAUGUACCAUGAUGCUCCUCACUGCUUCUAAGACGUGUCUCAGGCACCCAGACUGUGAGUCUGCACGGAUCAACAAGAACGCCGUGUUCCAGCGUAUGCGUCUGGCUCUGGAGCAGGUUAUCGAGAUUGUGACAGAUGCCAGGAGCAGUGGAGAGGCCAAAGCACUGCCCAUCAGUAUCUAUGCUGGAAUUAAAGACCUUAAGAAUAAGGUGGAGGGAUUGAGGGAAUCGCUGUACUGUGUGCCGUGUGAGACUGUAGCAGCACAGCUGGAGGCUCUUGUAGAACAGACUGAAGACUUCACUGAUUCAGCGUAUACUAGCCAUGAACAGCGCGAGAGCAUCCUGCAGCUCUGCCACACAACACGGCAGGAAACCAAGCAGCUCAUCUCAGCCUGGAGUCAGGCAGUACGACAGCAGAAAGCCAAAGACGUGACGGAGGAAGUGGAGUUGGCUAUUUUGAAGACCUGUCAGAGUCUCUGUGAGCUCAGACGUGAGCUCCACAAGGUAGCGGUGGGACGGGCCGGUGAGCUGGUAAAACUACACUCUGAUCACGCCGUGCUCCAGGCUCUGAAGGCCGUGGGAGGCGAGGGAAACGUGGAGGCGUUGGCCGAUUAUGCCCGCACACUCACCGAGCACAGGGAGCAGCUGGUGGAGACCUGCCGACUGCUGUGCCACAUCUCAGGCACAGAGCCGCUGGAGAUCACAUGCAUCCACGCUGAGGAGACCUUCCAUGUCAUUGGUCCACAGAUCAUCUCUGCAGCUCAGACGCUGGCUCUGCACCCCAACAGUAAGAUAGCCAAAGAAAACCUGGACGUGUUCUGUGAGGCCUGGGAGUCCCAGCUGUGUGACAUGGCCGUCCUGCUGAAAGAGAUCAGCGACGUGUUCGAAGGCCGCAGAGGGGAUAAAAGAACAUAUCUGUCGUUACCUCGGCCAGGGAAGCACUUGGCUAACCUGAAGACUCCGAAGUCAGCCAGGCUCGACACAGAGGGGCCUGUGUGUUGUGGUGGUCAGGAUCAGACCACCAUCACAAAGCUGGGACAGGAGCUUCGAUUUCUUACCUCGGAUGUGGAUGCUGAGUUGGAUCGCUGGGAGAAUCAGGAGCACGAUGUGGUCCGACUUUGUCAGAGCCUAUCCGGCACGGCAUACACCAUGUACCUCUUUACCAGGGGAGAAGGCCUGUUGAAGACCACUAUGGACCUCUUCCACCAAGCUGAGCUCCUGUCAGAGUUGGGUCUCCAACUGUGCUCCUUUCUUCAGUCCUUCUCCUUACAGCUGGUGGACGAGGAGAAAAUGCUCCUCACGUCUGAGACAGAGAAACUGGCAGCUUUUUGCCAACAGCUACAAAUAUGUGCCAAGACUCCUGUCCAGGGCAAAAGUGCUACGUUCCAGAAGGUGGACUUGACUAUACACAACACCAAAGGCGUGAUGACUGUGUCGCUGUCUCUGCUACCGCUGUGUAAUAAACUCAUCAGAAAGUGUGAAUCUGAGUGUAGCAUUCUGGAUUCCCCUCAGGCCUGGAGAGAGAAGCAGCUCACUCCGGUUAAAGAUGACGCACUGAAUGGCAAAAGCUCCAAUGGCUUCAGGGUCAAACCCCUGGAGCAGCAUAUGGCCAAUCUCACCUUCUUAGAGAGCAAGUAGCUCAGAGCCCUUACAGCCCAGAGCUAAUGAAACCUGGAGUAUUAUUCCACACACGCACGCACACACACACACAUACACGCACACACACACAAGCAUACGCACAUACACACUUGCUUUGCCACAUGUUUUGUGCUGUGCAGUGGCUCCUGGCUGCUCUACUCACAUACAAUAAGGUCCAAAAGUCUCAUGUAACCAAGAACUGUUUUUAUCUCAGGAUACAUUUCAUGAGGUAGCUUUCACAACCCAGGUUAUACUUCAUUAAAUCUAUGAUUCAAUUAAAAAAAAAUUAUUAUAGCACCAACCUGCAAUUGAGAGCAACUGAAAUGUAGAAGAAAGCCACAACAGGUCAUGUAUUACAGAGAUGAGGUCAAUUCAAUUCAAUUCAAGUUUAUUUGUAUAGCGCUUUUUACAAUGGGCUUCGUCUCAAAGCAGCUUUACAGAACAUAAACAGAGAACAGAAGUUAAACAUAAGGAGAAAAAAGAAUUAAUAUAGUAAAAAUUAAGAUAUAUAUAAGGUCAUGGUGUGGUUUUAGAUUUUAGAAUCUGUUUUAUAAUACGAAAUGGGAAUAUUAAUACUCUUAAUGAGAAAAAAAUCCUUUUUUUUUAUCUCCACAUUUUGUUUUUAGCUCAUUGAUUUUUUUUAUUGUAAGAUCGGACAAUUUACUAUUUUUUAUUGUAGGACCGGACUCUUUCCUACCUUAAGGUUUGCACUUUAUACUGUUCAGUUGUUUGUUCGGUAUCAGAAGUUAAUUAAUGCAGUCUUUUGGGGAUACCUGCUAAAAUUCCUUACAGAAAGUUGAAUACACAUUCCAUCAAACCAAUACAAAAAAUAAUUGUGAUGUAAUAUCUAUUUAUCUGUCUCUCUCUCUCCACAGAAUUCUCCUCUCUCUCGUUUAAUUUGAAAGCAGUAAUGAAAUAAGAACAGUUCUCUCAAGACUUUUGGACUUGUGGCAAAGACACCUCAAAUAAACACAUGGUUGUUUUCUCUUUACAUAAACUAGUGCAUGUUAUUGGGUCAAAUCCAUACUGCCCUGCUAUUUACUACUGUUGAAAAAGCUAAGCUAAGACCGAGUUUCUAUUUUUCAUCAAGUGAUACUGUGUUAAGAGAAUAACUCGAGAGCCUCGGUUGUUUUAGCAUAGGACACUGACGCACUGUAUUUAAUGUAUCUGCCUCAUUUACACGUCGACGCCAAAUAUGUCCAGUUUCCGUCACGUCUCAUGCCGUCAGCACCAGGGUGUGAGGCGCCGCGUCACGGACUUUACGUUCAACAUGCCGAAAAUGACUGUGUUCCCAUGAAUCAGCGCUGAAGAUCACUUCAUUUUUUUUUAAGUAUCAAAGCAACAUUCAUGGUAUUAAAAGUAAAGUAAGUUUGUGUGCUUGUAGUGAUAGCAACUGCCUCCUCAUAUGGACUGUCCUGUAGGUCACUGUGAUUUGUACUCUUACUUGAAACAUGAAAGCUGCGGCGAGCUCCGGUACAGAAACUCCAUACAAUCAGGAUGAAGACUUUCUCCAAAUCAAAACACGACUGCCGUCUACUUUGGAGCGAGCGCUUCAUACGGCUUCAUAUGGUCUUACAUUUCCUUUCUGCAUCACGUCUCACUCGUUCGACUGGAAGCUGAGCGAUGCGUCCAAAGCAUGUGUGUUCGUGUGUGAAGAUUCAGAACACGCUUGUAAUUGUGCUUUCAUGGACACUGCAGUCAAACUGUAAGCUUUAGUGAUGACUGAGAAACUAUCAGCCUGAGUGAAACCCAUUUCAGACCAGUCGGAUCCUUUUGACAGUUGAAUGAUUGUUAAACAAAGAAAGACUAAAUAUACAUUAUUUUUCUUAAA